ACUCGUAAACACAAUUAACGUAAAAGACACUGGGUGUUUCGCCUCGUCGUGCGUGUUUGCUUUGCAGCACUUGAAUGACUUUUCCAUUCCAGCGGAAGUUUAGACCAUGAGCAGCACUCCCCAAAAGGACUACGGCACCAUGACUUCUUCCUCUGAGCACGCUGGCCGCCACUGGUCAGAUUCUGAGCCUAUAAAUGACCCACCAACAACCUUUGCUGAUCUUGGUGUAAUCAGGGAAGCUGCAACGGUUCAAACAUUUUUUGGAAAGAGACGUCCGUUGUCGAGUCUGACGCACAAGGAAUGGGCCUUUGCGGUUAUUUCCAUCCUCAGUAUUCUUGGGGCUGCUGCUCUGACCAUUGAGAGAAUCGUUUUUUAUGUCGAAAACCCAACCUCGGAUGUCACCUUUGCCAUUGUGUUGUUGCUCACACUCGGAUUUUGUCUGCUGUAUGUUGUGAAUGGUUUGUUUGGUGAGCGUCCCUAUGAGCUACUAAUCUUCAUCAUAGGUACAGUCAUUCUGAUGAUCUACAGCAUCAGUAACUACAUGCAAACAGUUGCUAGACUCGACCUAUAUGAGAAGAAAAUCAAGAUGGCGAGGCUGAUCUUGAUUGCAGCUGCCGGACCAGUCAAUAUCAUCUUAGGGGCAGUAAUAGCUAGAGAGUACUACAUCUCCAGGAAUCUUAUCUUCCGAACAGUCGGAGCCAACGUAGAUCUUCAGAAUUUGUGCAGUAAGAUAUUCUUCACAGAGAGUUUGUUCAAGAUUGAUUUGCAACUGGAGCUUUCCCUGGUAAUCUUAGUCUUGAAGGAAGGCUUCAAUGAUGUCAACGCCCUGGAUAUCGUAGUAUUAGCAGCUGGUACCCUGUAUGCUCUGGUGUGGUUCUUGAAUGGACUUUUCGCUAUGCGACUUGAAAACUCAGUCAUGAUGUAUCUCCUGUGGAUCUUCAGUAUUUUUGAACCGGCCUACAUAGUCUAUAAAAUUGUGGAUUUGGGGAAGGAAUGGAGUCACCCUGACUACUACCAGAAUAUUCGGGCGGCCAUUAUUCUAGGUGGUGCUUGUGGUUUGUUCAUACGGUGCAGUCUGAUUGGAUGCACCAUCUAUGUGUAUCGAAACUUCGGCAAAGGAAUGAAGGAAAAAGCAUAUGGAGAGUUUACCUCUAAGCCAGACGAAACUCAUUCAAGAACGGUGGAAACCUGAAGAAGUACAUGAAAUAUUGUUUGCUUGAUGAUUAUUUUUUAAACUUGCCCUGACAAAACCAUGGAGACCAAAGGUACAAAGCUGCCAGUGUUUUUACCUGAGAUGUUGAUUUCUCAUAGUCAGAGACAAAUUUGACUAGGAAAAUGACACUGAAUCGCUACCAGAUUGACUAAAAAAUGUUUGUAAACACCUUGUUCCGUUAAAGGGAAAGUAAUCAUUUGAUUUUUGGAAUCAUUUGAUUGUUUGAAUAUUCCGUAAUUUGAGAACAAGUUUUUU